AUGGGGAUCUUGAAUGUGAAGCUGGAGUCUGCUGCCAUGUCUGGUAGGCACCGAGGAGAUGCUGCAGGGCGGCGAUGCGAACAACAAUGCGCCCGCGCCCGGGGCCAGGCUGCACUGGCGGCCGCGCGGGCCGGGGUCGGGAGGCGAGGCAGGGCAGGGCCGCGGGUCCGCGCGCGGCGGCGCCGGGCUUACCUUGACUCGGCCUCGAGGCGCGCGCGGGGCCGGCGUGCUCGGGGGCCGGACAGCGGCGGCGGCGGCGGGCGGAUGGCGGCGGCACGGCGGUGGCGGCAGCGGGGAGGGCGCGCCCGGGGCCUCGUCGCGCUCCGGCUCGGCGGACUCCGGCUCGCGCCGCGGCCGCGGGUGCUGCCGGGGGGCGCGGCGGGCGCAGCAGAGCGGCGGGCGGCGGCGGCGUCGUCGAGCGACAAUACAAGCGCCUCGGACCGAGUCCCCGAACCUGCCCCAGCCAAAAUGGCGGCCGAGAAAGAGCGGAAGUGACGUUAAAGAGGCUUUUGUAUACUGGAGAUAUAACCAAAAAAGGUCUAAGGUGACUUUACGCAGAGAUUGAAGGAUGAGCAGCAGAUGGUCAUCAAGGAGCAUGGAAACAGCAUUUCAGGCAAAGGAAAAUGGAACUCUGUGAACUCAGAAGCAUGCUUAUGGCAUGGAAAGCAAAAAGGAAGGAGCACAAGGCAGAGGUCAGAAAGGGAGGCAGGGGCCAACAAACACAUAGGGGCUUGAGGGACAAGGGAAGGAACUUGGAUUUUUCCCUAGAUGUUAGUGGGAACUCCCUGAACUCCCUGAACUGGAGGGACAAUAAUCUGAUUCUGUUUUUAUGUAUCUAGCUUAAACUCAGAACAGCUUCCAAAAUCUUAUUCACAGAGGUUUUGUGGUCUUUUGGGCUAAGAAUUUAAUUAUAUUGCCUACAAACAAAUAUAAUUGUGUAUAUUUUACUAACAUUUAACUAAAUUCUUGUCUUAUUGUAUUAACAUUUCCAUGUUUAAUGAUAGCUAGCAUGCCUGUAUUAAUGCAUGUAUUGGAAAUGAUUCAGCAUUUCACUAUUUGGUGUGACAUUUGUAUUAGGACUGGGUUAUUUUUAUUAUGCUUAAGAGGUUUCCUUCUAUUCUUAAAGUUUUAACUAGAAAAUGGUAGUAAAUAAUAUCUCCUUUAGCAUCUACAGACUUAACCACACUACUUUGUUAACAUAAUGAAUGAAUUAUAAGUGAUUACCAAUAAUGAGCCAUUCUGGCAUUCUUGGAAUAAACUCUUUUGUUCACGGUG